GCUUCUUAAACCCCACGUCGUCGCACGAUACUUUAUGACAGUGAUAUCCUCAUGAUUCUCACGAAUUCGUCAGCUUGAACUCUUUCCACCAUCAUCGCAGCUAACCUCCUCAUAAACGUCGACGACCAUGCCUUGGGAUCUUGUCAAACUGAACAGUGGCUAUGAAAUGCCCACUAUCGCGUUCGGUACUUGGAAAUUAGGCAAUGGGGAUGGUCCUAUAAACCAAGUGGAUCAGGCUAUCAAUGUUGGCUUUAGUCAUAUCGACACCGCUCAAGCCUACCGCAAUGAAGCUGAGGCAGGUAAAGCCAUCCUCGACAGCGGGCUGAAGCGCUCAGAGAUAUUCAUAACUACGAAAUAUUCCGGCUUGAACGGGCUUGAUAUCAAGACUUCGAUCAAGAAUAGUUUAAAAAAUCUUGGAGUCACCUACGUUGAUUUAUACCUUAUCCACCACCCCCGCCUCGCUGUUCCGGAUAUUCCAACUGCGUGGAAGGAGAUGGAGAAGUUGAAAGAACAGGGUGUUGUCAAGAGCAUUGGUGUUAGUAACUUUGGUGUCAAUGACCUUGCUGUCCUUUUAGCCUCAGCAAAGGUUCCCCCAGCUGCGAAUCAGAUAUUGCUGCAUCCCUAUGUUUACGCUACCCAAGCUCCCAUUAUCGAGUACGCGAAGAAGCACAACAUUGUGAUUGAAGCUUAUAGUGCUCUCAUCCCUUUGACACAGCGCCCAGGUGGUCCAGUCGACGUUCCAGUCAAGGAACUCGCCAAAAAACUUAACGUAGCGCCGGAACAAGUUCUAUUAGCCUGGGUGAAAGCCAAGGGGGCUGUCGCUGUCACUACCAGCUCAAAGAAAGACAGACUCCAACGAUACCUUGACGCGGGUGAUAUAUCUCUCAGUGACGCGGAGAUCACUGCAAUCGACUCUGCCGGAGCUGGUGGCGUUAGGGGGCUCCAGAAGUAAAGGAUAAGUUGUUCUAUUCCGCCGAAUUCAAGAAAUUUCCAUAAGCGCCCAAAUAGAGAAAGCUCAAUUUGAUUCAGUGGAUCGUUCAAUUGACUACAGUCUUCGGCAUGGCUCGUGAAAUUUAUCUCUUGGCCAAUCAAAGUUGGAGACACCAUAUAUCAAAAUUU